UGAAUUUUUUACCAUUUAAUUAUGGAUUAGGGAUGGAUUUCAGUUAAGAAACAAGAGAAUAAAAAUCAGUAUAGUUCCAGAGUUAGAAGUUCUAACACAAAACUAUAUCUCUUCCAUGAAGUACUUGGGUUUAGUUUUUUUGGCCGCUUCGGUGACUGGCCAAUUCUCCGAAUAACUCUUCCAGAAUAUAGCCAAACAGCAUGAGAAUCAAAACUUUAUGGUCUCUCCUCUGGCCGUUGAGCUUACUUUGGGCUUCCUACUCCUAGCUUCCUUUGGACCAACUGCCGAGGAAGUAAAAUCCGCGCUUCGGGUGUCCGGAAAUACAAACGAGAUGAUCGCAAAGUACGUCCAAAUAAUGACCAACCUGGCUGGCUUCGAUCAGUCCAUGACCUUCAAUGUGGCCAACCGCAUAUACGCCAAUGACAGACUUGAGUUGUCAGGGGACUCCAAAAAUGAAACAUUGAAAAUGUUAAGGACCGAAGUGGAAGAAAUAGACAUGCAGGAGUCGGCUAAUGUCGCCAGUGCGAUAAACAAAUGGGUUAAGGAUCACACAAGUGGCAUGGUUAAGGAUAUUGUGUCUCCUAAACGUCUUAAUCGAGACAAUAGCUUAAUGGCCGUGAAUGGGAUAUACUUCAAGGCCCUGUGGAACCAUCCAUUUGAGACCAAAAAGGGUAAAUUCCGCUUAACGGCAAAGAAGUCAAAGCCGAUACAGAUGUUAAAAAUUGAUGGAUUAUUUAAAGCGGGCUAUUUUCCCACCUUGAAUGCCAAGGUGAUCGAGUUGCCCUACUAUAAGUCCAACCUAUCCAUGUUAAUUUUUCUGCCAGACAGUAUCGAUGGCCUGAGCGUUUUGGAGGAGAAUAUAGCAGGACUUACAGCACCACAGAGUUACAAGAAAGUGUCCUUGGAGUUGCCAAAGUUUAAAAUUCAGUUCGCCAAAGACCUCGUAGAGACUUUAAAGCAGUUGUCUAUUAAAGUCCUCUUCACCAAUCUAUCUGACCUGAGGGGUUUCUUCACUGAGAAAAUCAAUGCCAGGGUCAAUCAAUUCACCCAUAAAAUCUACAUGGAGGUCACAGAAAGUGGGGAAGAUACUAAAGAUGAUGCACGUGAUAUACACGUGCCACUAAGCGGCUUCAAAAGAAUGGACUUCAAAGCUGAUCACCCCUUUGCCUUUGUUAUUCGCGAUGCAAAUGUCAUUUACUUUAAUGGUCACUUGGUCAAUCCCUAA